AUGGCCGAACCACAGCCCACUCAGAUUCAAGAAGGCGAUCAAGCUCCCUCUGCUAUCCCAGGUAGUAACAGGUCCGAAACCGCAGCUUUGAACUCUUUGGACAAUCAAUCCGCAGACUCCAAAUCCACCAACACAGCUUCAACUGCUGCACUGGGAAAGGCGAUGAAGGAUUUAGAUAUCGCCAGUGAAGAAAAGUCCGAAGCUAAGAAUGUGAAAGUGGAAAUGGCAGAUGUGGUGUUGCUGGCUGAAAAUCUGGAUGUUUCGAGAGCCAGAGCUACAGAGUUGCUGAAAGCCAAUGAGGCAGACCCGAUCAAGGCGAUGCGGGCAUGGGUUGCGGCGUGA